AUGACCGAUGCAGCGUCGAGAUCAUCUAGGCGGCGACAGAUCAGCCAGAAGAACCGAAAGAAAUCCACGUCCACUAGGAAUACUCAAAAGGGUUUCUUCAGAACACAGUACUAUUUUACCAAGGGCCACGAACACUUGGGGGAAGCUAGAAAUGUCCUCGAGGAACAAUCUCCAUUUAUUUAUCCCCCUUGCUCCCUCAUGUUCGCUUAUUUUCAAUACUGGAAGGCAAAGAAACGUACCACGGAUAAAGAACGAAGAAUGGGUGUCUUAAAAUCCAAGGACUCGCACGAACUUCUGCGAUCACUUCGCGUGGACGUGGACAUCGAGGCCUUGGAGGCGAAGAAACACAAAGAUUUAGACGAAGCUAUAGCCAUCACCGACGUAGACCCACAAUAUUUCUCAGAGCUGGACGGCAGGAUAGUAAAAGAAAAGUUUUCUGUGCGCGACUACGUGGAAGAUACUCGUGACAUUUUGAAGUCUCGGUUGUUAGCUGGACAGGAAAUGGACGACUGUAUUCGUAUAGAUCAACAAUUCGUCGAGGAGCAGAGACAUCUGGAUGAGAUCAAGCGACGAUAUCGUCGAUACGUGAGUGGCUUCGAGGAUUUUCUUUCGAAGGAUCACGAGAAGAGCAUGAAGAUUCUUCAGGAAGCUGAGAACGAGGUGAAGAUAACUAGAGAGAUCACAGAGGAAAGGAAUCAGCUCUCUGUCGAAUAUGGUCGGGUCAGACUGGACGUGUAUCACUGGGAGGAGAGCUGGAGAAUGGUGAAAAUGUGCCAAAGGUUCCUUUUUCAGGUGUCUCCAAUCGCUUGGCGAGUGGAACAUGACUGGAUCCAUCGCACUGCUUCCGGCGAGAACGUUACUCACGACAAUGCGGACGAUUUAUUCGGCCAAUACAGAAUGGUCGAUGAGGUUGCUUCCCUCGACGUCCUGAUAGAUUUGUUCGAGCAGGAUAUCAACGAGGCAGGUCCGGCAGAAUUGUACUUCGAGGAUCCUUUGGAACUCAUUCACGUGUUCAGAGCUAUAGAAACGCAAAACCUGAACGCGUUGAUCCACUUGGAGUCCCUAGCUGAACCCAUGGCUGAAAUGAUGCUAACGAUCCAAGCUGCUGAUCUACAGAUCAAAUCGGAAGUCGGAGAAAUAACCAACACGAUCAACGAGCUGCGAGAUAGCAUUCGUAAAUUGGAAACCAGAGCAGCGGAAUUGGAAAGCUACGCGAACGAGCUUUUGGAAACCGUGUUCCGGGAUUCUGUUUGUUCCGAGGAGGUGCUUUGUCUUCAGGUAUUCGUCGAGGAUGCGUACGAGAGCUGUGUGGCGCCAAACGACGCGAAUUUAGACACUUUCUCGAUGAUGAAAUGGAUCGAGAAGACCCACGAGGAGUUGAAUUUGGAGUUGGAUACCCUACCACCGGAAGUGGUUCAAGCUUGCGAGAAGGAGGGCUUCAAACAGGAACUGAAGGCUAUGAAAGAGACAGAGGAAGCUGCUAAAAAGUUCGAGUUGAUGCAUCGGUUGCUGGCAUCCCUGAAACGUGCCAUGGAGCCACCUCCUGUGAAGAUGCGGCCUUUAAUGUGGCGAUCGAUCCCAAAAAGUCAAAGGUUGAAAGAGGUGCCACCCCCGUUAGAGCCAACCGAGGAAGAGAUGCAAUAUUUGACCUUCUUCACCAGCUAUUGCAAACAGGAGGACUUCACCACCUAUCGUUCUCAGUUUCCGGAUGACUUUGACUUGACCUUCCAGGAUAAGCGUGGCGAAUCGAUCGCCAGCAGAGAGAUCACAGAGGACAAGGAGAACUCCAACGAGAAUUCAGCUAAUCGAACUUGA